GCCGCCGCCGCCAUCGCCGCCAUGGCCUGGGGCGCCUCGUUCGCCGAGUGCCUGCGCGAGUGGGAGGAGCUGCAGGACGGCUACCAGCGCAUCCAGGACAACCACAAGCUGUACAAGCAGAAACUCGAGGAGCUGACCAAGCUCCAGGAUGGGAUCUCCAGCUCCAUCGCCCGGCAGAAGAAGCGGCUGAAGGAGCUGUCGCUCUCCCUCAAAAAAUGCAAAGGCCAGGUGACUCCCGAGCAGGAAGCAUCCAUCCAAGAGACCCAGAGCCUGAUUAAAGAGAGGCAGAACGUGUUCUUUGAGAUGGAGGCCUAUCUGCCAAAGAAGAAUGGGUUGUACCUGAGUCUGGUGCUCGGCAACGUGAACGUGACACUGCUCAGCAAACAGGCCAAGUUUGCAUAUAAAGAUGAGUACGAGAAGUUCAAGCUCUACCUCACCAUCAUCCUGCUCAUUGUCUCCUUCUCCUGUCGGUUCCUUCUCAACUCCAGGGUGACAGACGCCGUCUUCAACUUCCUGCUGGUGUGGUACUACUGCACCCUCACCAUCCGUGAGAGCAUCCUGAUCAACAACGGCUCCAAGAUCAAAGGCUGGUGGGUUUUCCAUCACUACAUCUCCACCUUCCUCUCAGGUGUCAUGCUGACGUGGCCAGAUGGGCUCAUGUACCAGAUGUUCAGGAACCAGUUUCUCUCCUUCUCCAUGUACCAGAGCUUUGUGCAGUUCCUGCAGUAUUACUACCAGAGCGGCUGCUUGUACCGGCUGCGAGCGCUGGGAGAGAGGCACAACAUGGACCUGACUGUGGAGGGCUUCCAGUCCUGGAUGUGGAGAGGCCUCACGUUCCUGCUUCCCUUCCUCUUCUUUGGGCAGUUCUGGCAGCUCUACAACGCCAUCACCCUGUUCCGCAUGAUCCAGCACCCCGAGUGCAAGGAGUGGCAGGUCCUCAUGUGCGGCAUCCCCUUCUUCAUCCUCUUCCUGGGCAACUUCUUCACCACCCUCCGUGUUGUCCACCAGAAGAUCCAGAACAAGAACCAGGACACGAAGGAGAAUUGAAGUGGGGCAGUGUGGGGGCCUGGACUGUUUCUCCCCACCAGCUCCAUCCCCUAUUCCCACCUCCUCAAUUCCGUCCGGACUCUGGUGUCUCACCCCGUUCCUUGGAGGCUGGGGUGUGGGACAGAGCUUGGGGCCUGCUCCUGGACAGUCCAUGUGCUCACCACGGGGCUGGAUCCGUGCUGGAGUCACUCACCUGGAGUCAGGAGCACCCUGCACCUCCUGUCCUGGCUGCCUUCCCCAUCCAAACAGCAGGAUGUUCAGGACAGCCACUCCCCUCCCUGCUCCUGGGAUGUUCUCUGGGUGCUGGUUCUCCCCACCCCACUGGGACAGGGCAGCAUCCAGGGCUGCCUCACACAGCUCCUGGGGUGCUGCAGUCUCCCCUUUCCCCCCCCAGGGUCACUCCAAGGGCAGCCCUGGAUUCCAGGGGUGCCCCAGCUCCUCCCUCGCCUUCAAUCCACAGGGAAGGGGCAGCUGGGGCCGGGCAGGGGUGGGAGCAGCAGGAGCCUGGUCCAGGCUUCACACUGGAGCUGUGCAAGCAGCACCCUGGGCUGGCAGCUCCUGCACGUGUCAAAAUAAAGGGAAGGAGCUGCCCGGGGCACCGGGACAGUCUGGGAACAGC